AUUCACAAAUAAAAAAAAUAAAUCCCUAAUAUUAUAAAUUUAGGGGACGACGAAGUCUGUAGCAUCCAAAACUGAGAGGGUCACUUCUUCUCCGUUUUAUCCAAAUGGAUGAACCAAAUCCCACGCCACCACCCACCUCCGCCACCAGUGCCGCAAACCCACCUACCGUACCACCAUUACAAGCACAACCCCCUCCUCAGAUUCCACAACCUCCGCCCCAAGCACCACCUCCAUCGUCCACGACAGCUCCGUCGAUCUCUACUCCCGCGACGCCCUCCACAAACUCAAACCCAAACCCCAAUCCCAGCCUAAACCUUAACCCUAAGCCCCAAACCCAAUUUCAGUCUCACCAGUCACCGCUGCAGCAUUCUCAGUCCCUUCCCGGUGCUCUUCUUCCUAACCGUCCUCCGGCCACAUUGGUUCGAGCUUGGCAACAGUCCCAUUUUCAGCCUCCUUCUUCUUCUCCUUCCGUUGCUGUUUCGGCUGGGCCUCCUUCUUCAUCGACUCCCACGUUGCCGUCGACCUCUGCUGCGCCGACGCCCAGAGGUGGCAUUGCACUUGGCGUUCCGGCACAUCGUCCGACCACUUCGCCAUCGCAGCCUGCUCCUUUUUCUUCUACGUAUGGGCAUUUUGGUGGCUUGGGUCGCAGUGGGGUCAAUUUGCCCGAACCCUCCUCAAAUUCCAGUGCUUCGCAGGUGAGACCUUCCAUGCAAGGUGUGCAGGGAAUGGGGAUGUUGGGAUCGAUCAAUUCUAGUUCUCAAAUGCGCCCAGUUGGGAUUCCGGCACACCAUCAACAGCGACCUUUACAGUCUUCGCUAAGGCCAGUAUCUACUCCCAGUAAUCAGCUUCCUUCGUCUCAAAAUUAUCAAGGGCCUGGCCUUCUAAGAGUCUCAUCAGCGGUAUCUCCAAGUUCACCUUCACCAACUACGUCCCAAGGUAUGCAGUCCCCUAAUCAGCCAUGGUUGGCAUCUGGACCACAAGGAAAGCCUCCUCUUCCAUCCCCAUCUUUUAGGCAGCCGGUGACAGCACAAUCUCUGCAGCAGAGAUCGCAUGUUCAACAGCAAUCACAUCAUUCUCUGCCUUUGACUUCCCAGCAACAGCAUAUGUCGCCUUUGCAGCAACAACAGCCACAGCAGCAGCAGCAGCAACCUUCUUCAUCACAGCAGGCACAUGAACAUUUUGGGCAACAAGUUCCACAAUCAAGGGUUCAACCAGUUUUACCCCAUCAGCAGCAGGUUACAAGGGUUCAGAGUUUAGCAAACCAGAAGUCCUCUACUCCUGCAAGUCUACAACCUAGCACAGUUCAACCUGGGCUUCAGAGUAAAAUAGCCACUACAGAUACUGAUGAAACUUGUAAUAGAAUUCUUAGCAAAAGAAGCAUCCAUGAGCUCGUCAACCAGAUUGAUCCUUCUGAAAAAUUGGAUCCUGAAGUUGAAGACAUUCUUAUGGAUAUUGCCGAUGAUUUUGUUGAGUCUAUUACAACAUUUGGUUGUUCACUGGCCAAGCAUCGAAAGUCAACAACGUUGGAAGCAAAGGAUAUACUUAUACAUCUUGAACGAAAUUGGAGCAUAACUCUGCCUGGGUUUGCUGGUGAUGAAAUUAAAAGCUACAGAAAACCCCUUGUUAAUGAUACUCACAAGGAACGCCUUGCAGCAAUAAAGAAAUCCAUCGUAUCAACCGAGACAACAAACACCAGACAUGGCCCUGGACAAGCCACUGGAAACGCCAAAGGAAGUUUGACAAAAGCCCCUGCCAAUGUCAUAGGCUCCCCAAAUGUCAAAAUAUAGUUACACCAAAGGCAUUGAUCAGUUCGUCUUCUUUCGAGUAAUUUUAAGCUAACAAAGGUACGCCAAAUUUACAUGCAAUUUUUUCACGAAAAACUUGUGGAACAUCUGUGACCAAGUUCUGCAGAAUGAAGUUCUGACUUGAUGAUGGGAGUCAAAUUUUGGUUUUUUGAAGUCUGCCUUGGUCCAUAUCCAUACACAACUAUGUAUUUGCCAUAUGAUAACUUCACUUACUGAUCCAUUUUGCUUGCACAAACUUUCUGGUGCUUAUCCCCUAACUGUGAUGUAAAUGGUGGGACAACUUGGUAAAUCUUAUUAUCAUUUUUUCAGUUUGUGUCUGCUGGAAAUGGGCAAACUAAAAUGUUGUUACUUAAGUUGUGUAUAAAGAAAAACAGAAGAAAGAAAUGACGACCAUUUUUGUUUAUUCUUUAAAA